GGAUUAGCCACCUAUUGUCAGAGUUGCGAUAUUUUAGACAGCGGUGUUUGACUUUCAAAGUAAGAUAGUUCGCAUGUCUUUACACAAACCCUGGGCCCUCGUUUCCGCUUGUGCGGCUUGUUUAAUUUUGAAAGCGGAAGUGCCUUGUUUGUGUCUCGUAAGAGUGAGGAAACGCGAGCUAAUCUUUUGUGAAAAAUGUCCGAUUUUUUUUGUUGCUCGGUUUUGGGCACGUCGGCGCCGGGAGAGACGUGACGCCAGGAAGCGUUGGUUAGCUCCGUCAUGUUUGCCAGGGGCUGGGGACGGGGGUUCCUUCCCUUGCGUACUGCUUGUUUAUUCCGUAGGCGGGGGAGUUUGACACUUUGACGCGCGGAGGAGGGGGGGUGGCGGAAUGUCCGAGGUGUUGGGCUAGCUUCAACACAUGCGAACCUGUCGCCGCUUCAUCACCGCGCCGUCAAAGGGGGAUUACAGUAUCCCGAAGCGGAUCAUUCACAAAGCCAAGCCAGAGGGUCCGGCGGCGCGGGUGGACGCGGCCCCGGGGCAUGACGACUCCAAACAGGGGAAACAAGGCCUUAAAGGUGAAGCGGGAGCCGGGAGAAAAUGGCACCGGGCUGACGGACGACGAGCUGGUGAGCGUGUCGGUGCGCGAGCUGAACCAGCACCUGCGCGGCCUGACCAAGGAGGAGAUCCUGCAGCUGAAGCAGCGGCGGCGCACGCUCAAGAACCGCGGCUACGCCGCCAGCUGCCGCGUCAAGCGCGUCACGCAGAAGGAGGAGCUGGAGAAGCAGAAGGCUCGGCUGCAGCGGGAGGUGGACAAGCUGGCGGCCGAGAACGCCGGCAUGAAGGCCGAGCUGGACGCGCUGCGCUCCAAGUACGAGGCGCUGCAGAGCUUGGCCAGGAACGCCGCGCGCAACCCCGCCGCCUGGGCCCCCGCCAAGGUGGCCGCCACCAGCGUCAUCACCAUCGUCAAAUCCAAAAGCCAGGCCGGCUCGUAGGAGCGCAAAGUCGGCCCGCGCUGGCGCCGUUGUUUUCGGCUGCGGCUGUCCUUGAUGUUUGUCGGAGGCGGCUCGCUUCCUUUCUCUUUCGCCACCUUUUACCAUCCCAAAAGACGCCGGCUCCAGUCCGCUCAAAGAGACCUGAACCGAGACCCCCGCCCUUUCAAACGGUUCCCGGGUGUCUUCAAAACACCGACGCCAAAUGGGGAAAAGAGCCCGAGAACCGCCGCCCAUUUCCCAAAUGAGCACUUGCCAACAUGGGCCAGCUUCCCUUGGGACGCCAAGGAAAAAGCAGUCCGGCGUGAAAAGGAACAAAAUCGUCUUGGUGUAUAAUGCUGGCUUUAGGAGGGCCCCCCCACCUCAACCUCAACUCCAUUUUUUAUUUUUAUUUUUUAAAGAAUACCUUCUGUUGUUUGUAGAAAUAUAAGGCGGGGGCCUCAUCUCGUGUUCUGUCGCAAUUGUACCAAAAGUGGCUUACCAUUGAAGCUUUUCCCUCGUGAGCCUGAUGUGACGUCUUCUUGAAGUGGCCCGUCUUUGGCGGUGUCGUCGAGCGUAUCCGUAUCAAUGGCGUGCUAUUUUGGAAGCCGCUAAACUUAGGUGGCGUAAACGAGGUCAGCUUCUCCUUGUGGAUACCGCAACCUCCCGCGCUUCCUCUGAAAUUUUGACUUCCCAAGCCAAGGAAAAGAAAAAUCGCCAACGGUGGGGUUUCUUUUGUUUUUUUCUUUGAUCGAGAGUCAUCACUUCAGCUGCCUUGCAUGUUUUGGGAGUGUGGGAGGAGGAAAGCGGAGUAGCCGGGAAAAAAGCGCGGCAUUCCAAACUGCGUCCAAAGCCGUCUUUGUGACGCAACCGCCGGGGUGUGCGCAGGCCAAGCGUACGUAGCCGCAGUCGGCGUGGAUAACGCGGCGUGAAAAAAGGGACCCUUAAAUUUACAACAACAAAAAAAAAAUCACCCCAAAAACUGUUUACAAAGUGGGAAGAAAAGCUCGUGUUGCUGCAAUAAAGACAAAAAGUGUGUGGUUUUGUUUUUGUUUUUUCAAGAGGAAACACUAGUUAACUUUUGUAAGCGUUUUGCUCGCAAGCGGUCUGACCCAGGUCGUCCAACACAUUUCGCCACGUCACCUGCAAAAAUAUGGCGAGCGCAUGCCCAUCUUCAUUGGCUCGUUACCGCCACCAACUGAUCUUGACCUUCCACCGCAAGGAAACCAAUGCGAGUCGAUGGCGGCCAAAUGUUGCAAAGUCCACCGGUGCCAAAUCCAGGCAGGCUUAUCUCAUCCGGAGGCGCCGUCCUCGGCCGGCACUUUCCAACGAUUCAAAGACGAUUGCAAUCGAUUGCGCUGAAACAUUCGAUCAAAACUCUACCGACAAAAUUGUUUCGAUCACGGCGGCUCUUAAAGAUGCAACGCAAAUCAUUCGAACGUCAAAGUGAUCUGCAACCAAACGGUAUUUCGGAGGCAGUGAUAAUCGCGCGUACCACUAGAGGGAGCCACACUUUGAGCAUGACUGUGGGAGUCUGUGGGCCACUUGCCAUAUCUUUUUGCCGCCGUCCUGUAUUUUGUUUGCGUGUACGAGCGAGGUCCCCGGGACGCUACGCGGCCACCGUCUUUUUUGGAAUUGCAUUUUUAUGUUGCGACUUUUUGGAAGACUGUCUCACGAGCUCCUAUUUUCAUUCUGCGGUUUAUCAACGGAUAAUCGGAGAGAAUAACUAGCGGCACUUGCGCUUCUUUUUUGGGAAACUUUGCACCCAGUUGACUGUGCCGUGAUGUCGUUUUUUUCCUCUGUGCGGGGCCCCGUGUUUCAAAGUUGAACAAAAGCGAGUUCUACAAACGUGACGUACGUCGUUUUCUUUCUUUUCUGGAUGGAUUGUAAUAACACACUGCGGUACUUUGUAUGAGAACGGUCAAUUGUAACUAUUUAUUAAUCAAAUUAUUAUUGUAUCUUUUUGCAAUCUGUAGAUAAGUCCCGUAAAUGAUCCAUGUUCAACUUGAGGUGUCUUCAGGUAUUGCUGUACAUAUUGUCCGUUUGUUUAUACAGCUUCUUUUGUUUUCUAUAAGAUCAAUAAAAUGUUUGGGGGGGGGGGG